UGAGCAUGAGGUGAGGGGUCUGGUCUUGAACCCGCUGCUGAAGGACGUUGGGAACUGGGAUGGUGACGCUGGUGAGGUGGCGCCGCGGUGCCCUUGAUAGUUGGAAGGGUCUGAGAGUCCGGUGGCCGUACUCGUUCGACCCGGGCUCGGAAACAUUGCGAAGUCACCCGCCGCCCGGGUGCUGAGCUUGCGUCCGAGUAUUGGGAUCUUUCGGAGGCCAUUUGGAUUCUCAAGAAGACUUCUCAAAGUGGAAAGCUGUAGAAUAACUGAAUCAGAAUCGUUGAUCCCACUUGCUUGGACAUCACUGAUACAGAAGCUUAGCAGAGCACCUAUUAUUUUCUUGUUGGAUCAAAGAAAAAGAUUCUCAACCAUGCCUGAAAUAGAAACAAAUCAGAGAGACUCUGAAUUGUUUUCACCACCCUCUAAUGUGCGAGGAAUGACAAAACUUGAUAGGACAGCUUUUAAGAAGAAAGUUACCAUCCCAGUACUUAAAGUAAGGAAAGAAAUAGUCAGUAAAUUGAUGCGAUCCCUUAAAAGGGCAGCACUGCAGCGCCCAGGCAUAAAACGUGUGAUUGAAGAUCCAGAAGAUGAAGGAAGUAGAUUAAUUAUGUUGGAUCCCUAUAAAAUGAUUAGUGAUGAUUCCUUUGAAAAAGCAGAACUUAGUAUUUUAAAGCAGCUUAAUGUCAAUUCACAUAUAGCUGAAUAUAAUUUGGAACUAACUUAUGAAAACUUUAAGUCAGAAGAAAUCUUGAGAGCUGUGCUUCCUGAAGGUCAAGAUGUGACUUCAGGGUUUAGCAGAGUUGGACAUAUUGCCCACCUGAACCUUCGAGAUCAUCAACUACCUUUCAAGCAUUUAAUUGGCCAAGUUAUGAUUGACAAAAAUCCAGGAAUCACCUCAGCAGUAAAUAAAACCAGUAAUAUUGAUAGCACAUUCCGAAAUUUCCAAAUGGAAGUGCUAUCUGGUGAGGAGAACAUGACGACCAAGGUUCGAGAAAACAGCUAUACAUACGAAUUUGAUUUUUCAAAAGUGUAUUGGAAUCCUCGUCUCUCUACAGAACACAGUCGUAUCACAGAACUUCUCAAGCCUGGAGAUGUCCUAUUUGAUGUUUUUGCUGGGGUUGGGCCCUUUGCCAUUCCAGUAGCAAAGAAAAACUGCACUGUAUUUGCCAAUGAUCUCAAUCCUGAAUCCCAUAAAUGGCUAUCACACAACUGUAAAUUAAACAAAGUGGACCAAAAGGUGAAAGUCUUUAACUUGGAUGGAAAAGACUUCCUCCAAGGACCAGUCAGAGAAGAGCUCAUGCAGCAGCUGGGACCACUGUCACAAGAAAAAAAGCAUUCAGUGCACAUUGUUAUGAACUUGCCAGCAAAGGCCGUUGAGUUUCUCAGUGCAUUAAAAUCACUUUUAGAUGGGCCGCCAUGCAGCAAUGAGUUCCUUCCCAUAGUGCACUGCUACAGCUUUUCCAAAGAUGCUAAUCCUGCUAAGGAUGUUCAGCAAAGAGCUGGAGCUGUGUUAGGCAUUUCCUUGGAGGCAUGCAGUUCAGUUCACCUAGUAAGAAAUGUGGCCCCUAACAAAGAAAUGUUAUGCAUCACCUUUCAGAUUCCUGCUGCUAUACUCUACAAGAACCAGACCCUAAAUCUAGAGAAUAAUGAGGCUCCACCUCUUAAACGCCAGAAGAUGGGUAAAGCCUUCUCAGAGGAAAAAACACAAAUUUAUUCAGUUACUUGACUGGAAAUGUUUUCUCCAUCUCCCACUAUACCUUUAUGUAAUGAAAAAUAAUUUGUAUAACUUCAUAAAAUUUUAACAUUGUUUAAUUUUGAA